AUGCCUAAGGUUGAAGUCACCACCAUCUGUUCAGAUGCAGAAAACUCUCUGUUCACGGUUUCGUCUAGAAAAGAUCAACUAACCCCUGAAGACAACUCGAUAAUUCUUCCAACUAGUAACGAUGAUACUUUAACUGUCAUUAAUAAUAAUCUUGAUACAAACUGCAAGCCAGCAUCGGAAAAUGGCGGCACGGACACUACCACUAUCAUCACUACCAACCCGAAAAACCAAAAAAAUUGUAACAUUAAAAUCACAAAAAAUGCAACUUCAAAUAGGUUACCAAGAAUUAAGAUUUUAGGCACAGGUGGUACUAUUGCUUCAAAGGGUUCAAACUCCUCACAAACAGCCGGGUAUCAUGUGGAUCUUACCAUUCAAGAGUUACUAGAUGCCAUCCCAGAUAUUUCUGAAAUUUGUGAAAUAGAAUACGAACAAUUGUGUAAUGUUGAUUCCAAAGAGAUAUCACAUGUUCAACUAUUAAAAAUCUACAAGGGGAUUAGUAACUCCCUACAAAAAUUUGAUGGGAUUGUCAUCACACAUGGCACAGAUACUUUAGCAGAAACCACAUUUUUCAUUGAAUCAACCAUUGAUUGUGGCGAAGUUCCUAUUGUCUUUGUUGGUAGUAUGCGACCAAGUACCAGUGUAAGCGCAGAUGGUCCAAUGAACUUGUACCAAGCUAUUUGUAUUGCCUCCGAUGCUAAAUCCAAAAAUAGAGGCACAUUGGUUUCAUUGAAUGACCAAAUCAGUGCUGGUUAUUAUAUUACUAAGACAAACGCAAACUCCUUGGAUAGUUUUAAUGUUAGACAGGGAUAUUUAGGUAACUUUGUGAAUAACGAAAUACAUUAUUACUACCCUCCAGUGAAACCUCAAGGCAUCACCAAAUUUAAAUUAAACAUUGAUAAAUCAGAAUCAGAGGCAGAUGCAGAUGCAGAAUUGUUGCCACCAGUUUGUAUAUUAUAUGCCCAUCAAUCAUUCGACAGUACACUAUUGGAUUUAGUUGCUACUAGGUACAAGGGGAUUGUUAUUGCUACGAUGGGAGCCGGUUCAUUACCAGAUAUUGUAAAUGAAAAAUGUUUAGAAUUAAGCAAUAUACCAAUUGUCUAUUCUAAAAGAUCAAUGGAUGGGAUGGUUCCGAUUGCCAAUUUACCUAAUAGGUGUUCCAAUGUGAUUGCUGGUGGAUAUCUAAAUCCUGAAAAGAGUAGAAUUUUGCUACAAUUAUGUUUGUACUCCAAAUAUUCUUUUGAUGAAAUGAGAGAUAUUUUCAAUGGUGUAUACGGAGGUUGA